GUUAUUGACGAAUAUACAUAUAUCUAUAUAUAUAAGAAUCAAAGAGCGUAUAUAUAUAUACGUAUAUAUACGACAUACAACGAACCACACAAUUGAUUUUUUCAGUCUCAAGUGUCAAAUAGUGUUGUAAAAAGUUUCAUUUUUUAAGUAAAUUAAUACGAUAAAUUAUAAAUUUAUACAUUAGAUAGUAAAAUAAGAAAACAAAGUUAAUAAUCAUUGAUUAAAAAUAAUGCAAAGUGUAAUAAAUUCCGUAAAAGGUACAGCUCUUGGAGUAGCUGAAUAUCUAACCCCAGUUCUUAAGGAAAGCAAGUUCCGAGAAACUGGUGUUUUAACUCCAGAAGAGUUUGUAGCAGCUGGAGAUCACUUGGUACAUCAUUGCCCUACUUGGCAGUGGGCUACGGGUGAUGAAGAUCGAACCAAAUCUUAUUUACCGAAAAAAAAACAAUUUUUAUUGACACGCAAUGUUCCUUGUUCUCGAAGAUGCAAACAAAUUGAAUACUGCGAUGAACAAGAACGUAUUAUUGAAGCUGAUGACCCUGAAGGUGGUUGGGUCGAUACUCAUCAUUAUGAUGCUGGGGUUGGAGGUAUUGAUGAAAAGGUGACAGAAAUGACUUUAAAUGAUAACCAAACUUCUCCUGUAACUGCUGAAACUGAUGAUAAUGAUGAUGAUGAUGAAGAAGCUACUGAUAUGGAAGCGUUUGAAGUUAGUGGAAUGUUAGAUGAACAAGAUAAGUAUGCUGCUGAAGUAACGAACAAAUCACCAAAAGAAACAAACCAUUUUCCUGAAGGUGAAAUCAUUCAUACUAGGACUUAUGAUCUUCAUAUUACGUACGAUAAAUAUUAUCAAACUCCUCGAUUGUGGUUAUUCGGUUAUGAUGAAAAUCAAAAACCAUUAACUGUAGAAGAAAUGUAUGAAGAUGUAAGCCAAGAUCAUGCUAAGAAAACAGUAACAAUGGAAACUCAUCCACACUUACCUGGUCCUCCGAUGGCUUCAGUUCAUCCUUGCAGGCACGCUGAAGUGAUGAAAAAAAUAAUAGAAACAGUAAUGGAAGGUGGAGGUGAAUUGGGAGUCCAUAUGUAUUUAAUAAUAUUUUUAAAAUUUGUUCAAUCAGUUAUUCCAACAAUUGAAUACGAUUACACACAAAAUUUUAUGUUUUCCUCAUCAAGUUAAAGUGCAUAAUUGUAAACAACAGUAAUGAUAAUAAUUUAAUUCAACACUAAUUUAGCUUAUUCUUAACUAAAACUGAAAAAGCAAAUGUUUUACUAAUUUGUAUUGUUAUACAUUUGUCCCAUCAGCUAAGUUAAUAUUUCAAGUUAAAUUUUUAUUGAAUUUUGAUUAUCAAUUGAACUUUUACAGUCAUAAGCUACAAUGCUAUCAUUUUCAUGUAAAAAAAAUAAAUUUUCCAGAUUAUCACUA